AUGUCGACCGUCGGCUUCAUCAUCAACGGCGUGCGCAAGGGCUCGUUCAUCGCGCCCGAGUGGUGGCCCGACGCGGGCAUGACGGUGUGGAUCUUCGCGACGAGCCUCAACAAGGCCGACAUGCAGCAGAUGUCGUGGCGGCUCAAGCAGGUACAGUGGCUGCCCGACCAGGGCUCCGUCUUUCUCCGCCGCCCGCUCGACACGCUCCGCCAGGUCAUGGACGGCUCGUGCACCGCACUCCCGGACCACCCGUGGCGCGAGUGGACCGGCGAGCCGCGCUGGGCGUACUUUGACUUUGACACGGGCGAGUACGAGAUCUGGAGGUAUGGCGAAACAGAUGUCUGCUCUGGCCGCCAGAGCUUCGAGGACCUCACGUGGGACGCGUGGUGCGCCAUGCGGCAACGCCUGCUCGACCAGGAGAACAAGGAACUCGACGACGUCGAGCUGUCCCUCACGGCAUCGCUGUCCAGGAUGGGCAUCUAG